AUGGAUUGGGUUCGCGGUGAAAAAUUGGGCUUUGGAAGUUUUGGGAGUGUUAAUUUAGCAGUACCCAUAAAACAAACCUCUCAAUUUACUCCUUUAAUGGCCGUGAAAUCUUGUGGGGUUUCACAAGCUACUUCACUGAUGAACGAGAAAUUGGUACUGGACGAGCUUAAAGAUUGCCCAGAAAUCAUUCGUUGCUUCGGAGAAAGUUUUAGUUACGAAAAUGGCGAGAAAUUAUACAAUGUAUUGUUGGAGUAUGCUUCCGGUGGCAAUUUGGCUGAUAAAUUAAAGAAUUCUUCUUAUCAGAGGCUGCCGGAAUCUGAAGUCUGGUGUUACACCAAAGCUUUGCUCAAAGGGCUUCACUAUAUUCAUAAGGUUGGUUAUGUUCACUGUGAUAUUAAGCUUCAGAACAUUCUUUUAUGCCCGGAUGGUGGUUUAAAGAUUGCGGAUUUUGGAUUGGCGAAGAGGGCCGGGGGAAAAGAAGAGGGUGUUUUGAGUAAUGAAUUAAGGGGCACGCCUCUGUAUAUGUCGCCGGAGAUGGUUGCCAGAGGCGAGCAGGGUACCCCUGCUGACAUAUGGGCACUUGGUUGCGCGGUGGCGGAGAUGAUCACUGGAACACCGGCGUGGCGGUGCUCCAGCUUGGCGGCGCUGCUGAUGAGAAUUGGUGUUGGUGAGGAGGUGCCUGAGGUACCAGGUAAUUUAUCAGGAAAAGGAAAAGAUUUUCUUGAAAAAUGCUUUGUCAAGGACCCAAGUAAAAGAUGGACGGCUGAGAUGCUUCUAAAUCAUCCAUUUGUCGCGGAUCAAGAUUUUGGUGACGCUGAAAAUAUUGCCUUCACCUCUCCCAGAUGCCCAUUUGAUUUCCCUGAUUGGGCAUCACCAGUUACAUCUUCUCCAGAACAUUCCCCAGAAUCUAAUUCCUGGUUUACCGGCAACUCAAAUAUGACAAGUGAGUCAUGGUCCACUUCGCCGGAGGAGAGGCUGCAGGGGUUAAUAAGGCAUCAAGAUCCUGAUUGGUCUGUUUCAGAUGAUUGGAUCACCAUUAGUUUAGCUAAUUUUUCUUUUCCUCCUCUUCUCUUCUCUUCUCUUCAAUCCCAAACCUUUUCCACCCACCCACACCACUACUCUCUGCGUGCUACUUACAAGGUGUUCUCUAAUUGCUUGAGGUCAAGUGGAAGGACAGGAAUCAUAGCAUCUGAGGAAGAAGAUGUGCCGGUGGCUGUGGAGGAGAGUUAUUCGGGAAACUACAUUGUCGUUUUUGACCCUCUUGAUGGAUCAUCCAACAUUGAUGCUGCUAUGGAUUUUUUGGAAUUCUACGACUUGUGGAACGACGAAGCUAGUUUACACGACAUGGUGCACAUAUUAUUUUCUAGUGACGUAGGAAAAAUAAAAUUUGUGGACUGCCCGGAAGGGACACGGGAGCCAUUUGGUCGUAGAUGGAUUAUAUUUGUUUCCAUAUUGGCGCAGAAGCUUUUACAGAAAGUGUCAAAACCAUUGGCAGGGUUUGGCUCGGCGGUUGAGGUGUGGCUGAAUUUGCUGUCAAGUAAUGGCAAUAUUUUCCGGCUACUGCUGAAUUCCAUAAGAGGGACGGUAAUAUAUCCAGAAAAAGAUUCCACAACAUUUGUGUCAUUGAUUGGAAAUAUAGACAAUCGAGUUAAAUUGGGCAUCAGCCGUGAAGAUCGAAGGUACAAUGCUGCACUUAGUGCAAUGGCUUCUAAAGUAUCUUAUGAGAACAAGGCAUACGUUGAAUCUACUGUGAAGAACCAGUGGAAGAUGGAUUUUUUGGAAUUCUACGACUUGUGGAACGAUUAUCAGGAGAAAGCUACAACUCAAGCAUUCAUGCUUCAAGACAAUGAACUAAUUGUUGUGGCUUUCAGGGGUACCGAAGCCUUUGAUGCAGAUGCAUGGUCUUCAGACUUUGAUAUCUCUUGGUACGAGCUUCCAGGAAUGGGAAAAGUUCAUGGCGGAUUCAUGAAAGCUCUGGGGUUGCAGAAAAACGUAGGUUGGCCGCAAGAACAAGACAAUAACAAGCGAGAGACAGCCUAUUAUGCCAUUAGAAAAAAACUAAAAGAAAUUCUAAAAGAAAAUGAUAAAGCAAAGUUUAUAGUGACUGGCCACAGCUUGGGGGGUGCAUUGGCUAUUCUAUUUCCAGCAAUAUUGGCAUUGCAUGACGAGGCAUUGCUGUUGGAUAGAUUAGAAGGGAUCUACACUUUUGGCCAACCUAGAGUGGGAGAUGGAAAUUUUGGAGAAUUCGUGAAAAGAAAAUUGGAAAAACACAAUGUACACUAUUACAGGUUUGUUUAUAGUUUUGACAUGGUGCCGAGGUUGCCUUAUGAUGAUUCGACGCUCAUGUUCAAACACUUUGGGACAUGCGUUUACUAUAAUAGCUUCUACAAUGGACAAGUUGUUCCCGAAGAACCGAACAAGAAUUAUUUCUCUCUACUAUGGCUUAUUCCGAAGUUCAUCAAUGCUUGUUGGGAGCUAGUUAGAAGCUUCAUUAUUCAUUAUACAAAAGGGCCAGACUACAAAGAAGGGGGUCUUCUUCUAUUAUUCAGAGUUGUCGGUUUAAUAACCGCUGGAGUGCCCGCACAUUGCCCCCAAGAUUAUAUUAAUGCCACUAGAUUGGGAUCCUCAGAUGUGUUUCUUCCAAUAUUAGUGGUUCAAUCUGAUGUGAAGAUAAGGUUCAUUGAUUUCUUUUAUAUGGUACAUGAUGUUGAUGAGGAAUUAUACGAUGAUAACUACUUCGAGAUCGAAUCAUUAGUAAAUAAGCAGAGCGGUCAGUUACUGGGAGCCGAGCGGCGCGAGUGGAGAGGAGAGAGAGAACGAGUGGGCGAGCGAAUUAGGGUUUUGAAAAUCAGCAAAUCGGUUCGAAAGGAAGAGUGCGUGAGCGAUUGA